AUGAACCAGCAAUUAUCUCAGAAGAUUUUAAGUAGAGAAUCUGUGUUAAAAAAGUGGGGUUCCAAUUUGAAAAUCAAAAAAAUCUACUUAUUUAUGGUUUAUGAAGUAGAGGUAAUGAAUUAAAAAUGGUUUAAAAUAAAGCUUAAACGAUUCCAUAAAGAUUAGAAAAAAACACAAAUCAAAUUCACUUAAAAGCUUCUGAGAUAAUCGCUGGUUCAUGAUAAAACAAAUCACCCUGUAUACACCUAUUAUAACAUCGAGUACUUGAUGUUUUGUCUAAUUAAAAUAAGGUUUCGGUUCAUCGGGUUCUUUUUAUUCUGUAUGUGUAUGUGUUUUAAAUACAGACAUUGUCGACAAGAACCGGAUACAGGACGAAUCGUCUGGUGACCCCAGACAGCACAGCGGUUUUGGAUGGUUUAGCAAUCGGAUACGCGAUCAAAAACGGUACGGCGUAUAAACCGAUUUCCGUACUAUUAUCAGCUAUAAGGUGGUUAUAUUUACUGAACGAGAUUAGUAAACAGUCACCAGACAAAAUUUUCAAAGACAAAGUUUAA